AUGUUGCCACUUUCUAUUCUCUUUGCUUUCGGAUCCCUUGGAAACGAUGUGAUUUAUUGCCCUCAAAAUGGAAAAGCCAAGGUGAACGCCGACGUUAAGCCGCUACUAGCGUAUAUUAAAAAUAGCCGACUUCUUCUUCUGAAAAACCGACAGAGGAAUGGACCAAAUGGAUAUCCAAUGCCGAUGGCGAAAAGUAUGGGAGAAGUUGUUGGGCGACGACCUGUGGUGAAAGCUAAGCUCGCCGUGGCAUGGCUGCUUAGUUUGGGGAAAAGUCUCUUUGCCACUCCAGCAUAUUCACUGCCUCAGUACCCUGCACACUGGGCCCUGCCGUCUCAGACGUCGGACGGUAUGGCGACCGGUGAGAGGCGAUCAAAUCUCAGGUUGCUCAGGACGUCAUUGAUUCUGGACCAAGGCGACACAUGCACGACUCGCCAUAGAGACUGUCUCAGACUGUGUACUUACAACGCGAGGACAGUUUCCACAGACGCUGACCUGCAUGUCCUUCUCGGAGCUGCAGAGCGUAUCAAAUUUCACGUGAUUGCUCUGCAGGAGACCAAGUGCAGAAGGAGCGACGUACGACAGAUGAAUGACGGUACACUCGUCAUUCGUGGAGAGAAGGUUCCGUCGCGGAAUGUAGGCGGUGUUGGUUUCGUUGUGCACCCAUCUGUCGUCCAUCUCGUCGAUUCUCACGAUAUCCUGCCACCUCGUCUGGCCGUUCUUCGCCUCCGCCCUCUGCGCCAAAAAUCCAUCAGUAUCAUCAACUGCUAUUCACCAACAUCAGCGGCUGAUGAUUCCGAAUUGGACGCGUUUUACGAGGAGCUGGAGGAAGUAGUCCACAACGAGAAGUCCUUUUACAAAUUCGUUGUCGGAGACUUCAACGCAAAACUAGGAAAGGCCACAGAAGAGGAAUACAGGAUUGGAAGAUUUGGACUAGGAGACCGGAAUGAAAAUGGCAAUCGUCUCGCCGGGUUUUUGCCGCCGCUCGCCUCUUUCAUGGGAACUCUGUUUUCAUGA